AUGGAGGGCUCCGGCUUCCAGCCCCAUCCCGGACUUCAGCAAACUCUGAAGCAGUUCCACAUCAGCUCCAUGCGCUCCCUCGGCGGACCGGCGGCGUUCUCCGCCCGGUGGCACCAGGACUCGCUCUUCGCCAAGGAUGGCAAAUCCGCGGAGAUCAUGCUCUCCUUGCCGGCCCAGACGCCCCCGGUGAUGUCCGGCCCGCUCUUCAUCCCGUCCGACCGCUCCACCGAGAGGUGCGAGACGGUGCUGGAGCGGGAGCCCAUCUCCUGCUUCGUGGUCGGCGGGGAGAAGCGGCUGUGCCUGCCGCAGAUCCUCAACAGCGUCCUGAGAGACUUCUCCCUGCAGCAGAUCAACUCGGUGUGCGACGACCUGCACAUCUACUGCUCCCGGUGCACGGCGGACCAGCUGGAGAUCCUCAAAGUGGUGGGGAUCCUGCCCUUCUCCGCGCCGUCCUGCGGGCUCAUCACCCAGACAGACGCCGAGCGCCUGUGCAACGCGCUCAUCUACGGCGGGACGUACCCGCCUCACUGCAACAAGGAGCUGGGCUCCCUGGAGCUGGAGCGAACCGAGCGCAGCUUCAAGGUCUACCACGAGUGUUUCGGUCGGUGCAAGGGCCUGUUCGUCCCGGAGCUGUACACGGGUCCGGCCGCCGCCUGCAUCCAGUGCAUGGACUGCAGACUCAUGUUCCCUCCUCACAAGUUUGUGGUGCACAGCCACAAGCGGCUGGAGAACCGGACGGUGCACUGGGGCUUCGACUCGGCCAACUGGCGGGCUUACGUGCUCUUGGACCCGGACUACAGCGACAAGGAGGAGAAAAGUCACCUGGAGCAGCUUCUGAAAGAGCUGAAGGGGAAAUAUGAUCUGACGGGGAAGCUGUCCAGUAAAUCCUGCAGAUCCCCCAGCCCGAUUCCGGCCAAGAGGGCCAAAUUUGACAAAUUACAGUCUCCGCCAUCUGACAAAGACAGGAAGCCUGACUGGUUGCAGUCCAUGUCCAAGUCUGCACACAAGGAUCUGAAACAGGUCCAGCUGAAACAGAGGCCCUCUGCUUUCCGCCCCUGGUCUCCAAAAGCCGUGGAAAAGGAGAAACCGGUACCUCACAAAGAAGCUGAGAGACCCAACAAUAGGAGUCGUGAGACUCUGGUUUCUCCUCCGCUCCAUCCCAACGACAGCCACGUUUCAGGAUCCAAAAACAUUUCCAUAAAAGAGCCACAUAACAGCAAACCGACCCAUUCGAUGUGUUCUGGUCAGGCCGAGGACAUGGACACGGACGGAGAGAUCGACGUGGACGACUGCGAUGACGGUCCAGUUCCAGCUUCCUCCCUGACCUCACCUCCAGCGGCGUACGGCAGCGUUUCUCAGAGCCUGUCUCCCCAGAGGCCUCCGCAGGCCCAGGAUCUGGCUCCCUGGCAGUCGGGGCCGGUUUGCCCAGAGAUCGAGGCCAUGAGGCAGAUGCUGUAUGCUGGGAUGGAGACCAGAGAAGCCAGGGAAAAGGUCCUGCAGGAGAUCGUCCGGAUGAGAGUGAAGCAGGAGGAGAAGCUGGCAGCUGCCCUGCAAGCCAAACGCAGCCUGCAGCAGGAGCUGGAGUUUGUGAGGGUGGCUAAGAAAGGCCGCCUGCGCGACGCCAUCGAAGCCAAGCGCAACCUGCGGAAGGAGAUUGAGCGCCUCCGUGUGGACUGGGAGAGGAAGAUGAGGGACGCAGAGGAAUCCUGUGGGCGGCUGAAGAGAGAGCUGGACAGAGAGAGACAAGUUCGAGUUUGUGACCAGGGCUGUGAGGCGGAACGUCUUCGGGUCAAGUACUCCACUCAGAUCGAGGAGCUGCACGUGCAGCUACAGCAGGCGGAGGCCGACCGAGAGCAGCUGAGACAGGAACUUCAGCAGGAGAGAGAAGCUCGACAGAGCCUGGAGAGCGUGGUGAAAGACCUGCAGAACCAGCUGGCCCUGCAGGCCAGCUGCAGUCCUGCCGGGGAGAGCAAGGACGCACACAAAGACACAAAAAGCCACGAAGCCACGCAACCCAGUAGAGGAUCCUAAACAUGCACAUAUAAAAAAAAAAAAAAAAAAAGAGAGAAAGAAAGAAAACUGGACGGAGAGACUCAAUUGAAAGGAGCUCCUGUUGGGGAAUUUAAAAAAAAUAAAUAAAUAAAAGGUCACUUUUGUAGAGGAAAUAAAUCUGUCAUAUAUGAUAUGUUAUAGUAUACAUCAAUAUUAUUAUGAGAAUAUGACAAAAAAAAAUCACUACAUGAACUGGAAAGAAGCAUGAGCAUGUAACAGAGUGAAGCUACGAGAGACUUGUUUGGCGACAAACACACACCGUUUCAGCGAGCCGUCCUCCUGGCGCUGCCCCAGAGUUUUGGUUUCGGUAUAAGCUAUUCUGAGAAACACAGCAACACAACACUACUUGAAUAUGAAGGGAAGGAACCGGCUGCCACUGGUGGAACGGGAGCGGGCGACGAGCGUCUUCGUGCCACUCCGAGGUGUCACUGCAGACCACUGGAAGCUUACCACUACUUACCUUUAGGCAUCUGCUCCACUUCCAGGAAAAAACACAUGGAGCAUUUUAAGGAAAACUUCUCGCUCAGUUCCACCAGCAAGAGAAAAAACAACCGUAUACGAACAUAUAUAGCAGCUUAUCUACCUUUUGUAUUUGAUAUAAACCUGAAGUAUUGGCGGUUCUUCGGUGGGCGGCCUUCGUGCUCACCAUUGUUUAGCUCCUAGGUAUUUUAUGUAAGUACUAGUUUUUGUUGCUCGUUGUGGUUUUGUUUUGUUUUUCACUCCCAAAGCCAUGCAGAGGAUUUUUUUUGGUUUUGUUUUGCCCACUUUAGUUUACAAAAGUAAAAAAAAAAAAAACACACACACUCCUUUAAAGAAUAGAACGUCCUAAACAGCUGUUAAUGUUAUAAAAUGGUACUUCUGACUUUUUAAGUAAUUUAUAAUCUACAAUAAUUCGCUGCCUAUUGAGAGAAAGCUACCUUUUUUUUUGGUUUCUUUUCUUUUUGGUCUCCGGUUUUAGGGCUCUUAAAU